AUGAGCAAGCCAAGUAAGAAGGGUAAAGGUAAAAGCAAUCUUGAACGUGGGCGAGAGGUUGACUCUGUAUUAUCGUUCAAUAACUUUGACUACGAUUAUUCUAAUCCUCGAUCAACUUACUUAACAUUAUCGAUUGUAUUGUUGCCUUCAAUUUUAGCAAUUGUGAUACCCGUGAUUCCCAAUAGCCCUUCUAACAAUGAUAUUGCCGUGUUAGUUACCGACACGUUGAUUGUUAUUCUUAUGACAUUCACGGUUAAGUAUGUGAUUGAGUGGCCAUGGAAUUGGUUGAGGAAGAUUAGAUCCUCCAAGGAAAAUAUCUUGAACAACAUAAACUCCAAAUACCUCAUCCACAAUAAAGACAAAUCCAAGUUUCAAUCUCAAUUGAAUGGAAAGAUCAUCUUGAUAAGAAGAUUCAUCAAGUACGAAACUAUAGCUUUAGGAACAGGGGUCUUCAGUCAUUGCUUAAGUUCUUUGCUUAUGAUAUGGACCCGAAAUUAUAUCAUUGUAGAGGAAACAAGGAAAAAUAUAGUUUUCAGUGAUUUGAACGUUGGUUUAUUCUUCAUUUGGGGCUGUUUCAAAAUACUUUUGGUCUUUCUACAAAAACUCAAAGAUGCAUCUCUAGCAGGGGAAGAUGAGUAUAAUCUUAUAAAUGAAUGGAAUUUGGACGAAUUCUAUGUUUUAAGAGUCGAUGAACAAGAUCACGUAGAACGGACAGAAGUCUCCAGAGAAGAUCCAGUACAAGUACCAGACCCGAUCAAGGAGCAACAAUCUCCUAUGGAAAGGAAGAUAGACGAAUUGAUGAAACUUUACGAAAAAAUGAAUGAAGCCAAAAAUAAUCAAAUGCAGACUUUUCUUAUGAGUAGUACUUUAAAGGAGACAAGAAAGAGACAACAUUUGCCACGGGAUGAAAAUCAAAAAAGAUAUCAUUCCAUAGGCAGCAGUUUGAGUACCAUUUUCGAAGAUAAUGAAUUGAAGCAGGUUCAGCCAAGGAAACCGAUAACGUUAGAUUAUUCUUUACAUGGAUUGCCUAGCAAAUCAAGAUUUAGACAAAUUGUCACUCGUGAAGAAUCCAUCAAAGAUAUCCUGGAAGUGUCUGAUAUACCUCUGGACCGCUUUCGUGAGUUGAUAGAAGACGUGAUAUCAACGAUGAAAGAUAUCAGAGAUCAAUACACAAUGUCUGACCUUUUCUAUCAACCUAUUAUCAUUCGGAAAAUCUUUUACAACGACGUAUUUCCUUUGAUAUUGAAAAUCGAUAAUUCCUCGCUUAAGAUAUUCCAGAAAACCAUCAUUAUCAAAACAGUUAUUCGGGAGAUUAUGGAUAAACACUUUGUGGGAAAUAUCCGAUCUCUUACUUCCUACAUGUAUUCUUUACUAGAAAAGUAUCUAGGCUCAUGUAAGAAGAUUGUCAAGUUCUUAAUCUUUGUGAAUUUCGAGAUUCCCAUAAGAAUUCUUAUUCGAACUGAAUACCUAAUUUUGUCCAUACCCAAAAGAGCUGUCAGCGUAUUAAAAUACCCCUUCGUUAAACUUAGUGAAGAAGAAUUCAAAGCAAGAGAAUUCAAUUUACAACCCAAAUUCGAUAAGAAAAAAGAAAACCAGAUAAGCGCAAUGAAGAAAUUGAAUCAAAAAUGGGGCUCAUCAGUCCCCAGAAAUCUUCAAGAUCAGUGA